UAGGAACUCAGGAUUGAAGUUGACCUGAGCGUAGUAGUAUACAACGACAAAACGACGGGAAAGGAACUAAAAAACACGUCCGAAACGCGAUUUAAGAUUAUUUUCACUGAAUUCUCGUGUUAUAUUAGGCUAAAAAGAAAGUUUUAAUUGAAAGAGGAUUUCAAAAAGCAAAAAUGGCAGAAGAAUUGAAAGCAAAAGGCAACGCAGCAUUUGCACAGAAAGAUUACAAGAAUGCGAUUGACUACUUUACACAAGCUAUUCAAUUAGACGGUAGCAAUCAUAUUUUAUACUCGAACCGAUCAGCCUGUUAUGCGUCAGAAAAGAACUACAGAAGUGCUGUAGAAGAUGCUACCAAAUGCACUAACCUCAAGCCUGACUGGGCAAAAGGCUGGUCGCGUAAGGGAGCAGCUUUGCAUGGUUUAGGUGACCUGUCAGCUGCUAAGGCUGCUUAUGAAGAAGGUUUGAAGUUUGACCCCAGGAAUGCCCAACUCUUAAACGGCCUAAAGAGUGUUGAGGCUGCCCAAAGCUCCGCUGGCGGGGAUGGUGGUUUCAAUCCAUUCGCCAAAAUGACUUCUCAAUUGAAUGACCCAAAGUUUAUUGAAAAGUUGGCAAGCAACCCCGAAACAUCUUCUUUGCUGGGUGAUGCAGGCUUUAUGACCAAACUUCAAAACAUCCAAAAGAACCCUGGCUCUAUCAUGUCCGAAUUGAAUGACCCACGUAUGAUGAAGGUGAUUGGUAUGCUCAUGGGCAUUGAUAUCAACAUGAAGGGCGAGGAUGAUGCCGCUGCAAAUGAUAACGAAGCUACUCCUUCUGAAUCUCCCAAAUUUGAAAGUGCUCCCAAGGAAGAAGCUAAACCCGAGCCUGCCGCUCAACCUAUGGAAGAAGACAAAUCUCCUGAAGAAAUCGAAGAACAAGCUAGCGAAGGAGCCCUUCGUAAGAAAGCUGAUGAGGCCAAACAAAUCGGUAAUGAAAAUUACAAGAAGCGCAACUUCCCUGUUGCUAUUGAGAACUACAAGAAGGCUUGGGAUACUUAUAAAGACAUUACGUACCUAAACAACCUUGCUGCCGCUUACUACGAAGCUGAUGAGUUGGACAACUGUGAAUCUACUUGCAAAGAAGCCAUUGAGCAAGGACGUGAAUUGCGUGCUGACUUUAAAUUAAUCGCUAAGGCUCUUGGUCGUUUAGGUACUACUUAUCAAAAACGUGGUGACCUUGCUACCGCAAUUGAAUAUUACCAGCGUUCUCUUACUGAACACCGCAGCCCUGAUACACUUACAAAGUUAAAGGAUGUUGAAAAAUUGAAAGAAAAGCAAGAUCGUGAAUCUUACAUUAAUCCUGACAAGGCUGAUGAGGCCCGCUCUAAAGGUAACGAUCUCUUCAAGUCCGGUGAUUUUGCCGGUGCCAUCAAGGAAUAUACCGAAAUGACCAAGCGUGCUCCUACUGAUCCUCGUGGUUUCGGCAACCGUGCUGCUGCUUACCUUAAGGUGAUGGCACCUGCCGAGUGUAUUCGUGAUUGCAAUCAAGCCAUCCAGUUGGAUCCUCUUUUUGCAAAAGCUUAUGUCCGUAAGGCUCAAGCUUUGUUCAUGUUGAAGGACUAUGGAAAGUGUAUUGAUGCUUGCAAUGCGGCUGCAGAUGUUGAUCGUAAAGAGCCCAAUACUGGUAAAAACAUUCGUGAAAUUGAAUCUCAAUUGCAAAAAUGCAUGAAUGCAAUGGCUGCUCAAAGACAAAAUGAAACUGAGGAAGAAACAAUGGCACGUAUCCAAAACGAUCCUGACGUUUUGGCUAUCCUUCAAGAUCCUGCCAUGCAAGCCAUCCUUGGCCAAGCCCGUGAAAACCCUGCUGCCUUAAUGGAACAUAUGAAGAGCCCUGUCGUUAAAAGCAAGAUUGACAAGCUUAUUGCUAGUGGUGUUAUUCGCCUUGGUUAAUUUAAAAAUCUUUCAUCAUGUCUAAGUGGAAACCAUAGAGAAAAGAGUAUUUUUUUUUUUACGUUAAUAGUUGUUGAUCAUGUUUGCUUAAUAUACCUUCAAUAACAGCAACUUUAGGUCAUGAUUCUCCAAAUUUAUUUUUCGUUUCUUACUGUA